GGAGGAGCUUUCUAUUUCCUGGAGCACGUGGCUGCUGAGCAUUCCAGCUGGAAGUAUUUUUGGCAGCAGGUCUGCUAUCCAACUUGGAAACUCAUCUUUGCCGGCUGCUGCCUCACGAGAGAACUAUGGAAGAAUCUGGAAGAGGCCAAGUUCUCUGAGCUGAAGAUACAGCACAUCAGUUUGUCGCUGCCCUGGACACCUGUCGAGCCACACAUUGUGGGCUAUGGGGUGAAGUAA